CACAAUGAAUAACUAUCUACUAUCUAACUUAACUUAUAGGUUACCGUAUCGGUACCGCAUUUUACAUGGAAAGGAAUGAAGUCUGCUUUGUGUGUUUCGUUUCUCCAAACUCCCAUUGGAAAAAUCAAAGUAGUUCAGUCAUGUUUAGGUGUGAAGGAAAUAAUAUUGGACAGAGAUUAUAAUGUCUUCGAUGGAAUAAUAAAUUUCAAGAAUGAUGAUUUUGAUGUAUCUGUAUUAAGUUAUAAUGGUCCAUGGCAUGAGUCGACAGAUGGCACAGUGGAUUGGAUAAAAUUAUUUUUUGCAAAGGGUGACAAACGAAAGACUAUGUCAAGGCUUCCCAAGAUAGACAAUGAGAUUUACUCAAAAGAUAAUUUUACUGGAAAAGUAUUGAGAACCUUGGCGACUGAUGUUACACAUGGUAAAACUGUAUCAUAUGCGCAACUGGCAGAAAUGUGUGAAAGUCCAAAGGCAUGUCGAGCUGUCGGACAAGCUAUGCGGGCAAAUCCGAUACCCCUAAUUGUACCCUGUCAUCGUGUGAUUGCAAGCAAUGGAACUGCAGGACAUUACAUGAGUGGAAAGGGUGACAAUAUCAAGAAAUGGCUUCUUGAUUUUGAACAGAAAUUUCCUGCAUGAAAUUGGUUUUUAUUAUGAACUUUGUCGGUUACACUUCGGUAAUUCGAGGUGCGGGUGGUUCGGUACAGAUAUAGAAACGACUCUUCAUAUCUCUAUCAGUAAUUGAAUUGGUACCAGCCGAGAACGGAAUCUCCCUAAAGCUAGGCUUUCAUUGAUGAACAGUUUUAAUCACCUGUUUAUAUAUAAUUCAAUUGUGAUGCAUUGGGAAAAUCAUGUAUGGAAAAUAUGGCGAACUUUAAGAUGAAAAUAAAGUCCAGUGUUUGUUACCUUUGAGACCUCUCUACCAAUUAUAUUUUUUUUUGUUUUUGACCAAUUCAAUCAUACUGAAUGUGCCUAUAGUUUUCUGAUUUUGUACUUCGCCA